UGAUAUGACACCUGACUGCUAAUGUUGCAUACACACAAGAAACUAAUUUGAUUCAGCAUUUCAUAAUUAAAACACACAAUACAUAGCAUUAUAAUCUAGCACCUAAUGAGUUGAUCGGAAUAAGUACUUAUAAGCUAUGGAAAUUGCUUAUAAAAUAAUUAAUAAGCGUGCGGGCUGAGGUGUCAACCGAUCUAAUCAGGCUUCCCAGGCGGUAUCAAUGAAUAAUAACAGGAUAUGAUAACAUGGCCGUGCAAUCUGACUCUGGCGGGAAGGAUGAUGUGAAGACACAAUUCGUGACUCGAGAGGGGACGUACAGAUUGAUGACAUUGUCCGAGUAUUCGAGGCCUAAUCGUGUGGGGUACACCAGUGGCUCAGGCUCCUCUCACGUUCGAGUGUCUCUCGUUACCUUGCCGCCGGGGCCGGAGGAUGGAGCACCCGGUUCCGACGGACAGGGCUCCGAUGACAGAAUAUGUUUUAACCAUGGGAAGGAGCUUUAUGUUUACGUUUAUAGAGGAAUCAAGAAGGCUGCAGAUCUCACCAAGCCGGUGGACAAAAAGAUAUACAAAGGCACGAACCCAACAUGCCACGACUUCAACACGGUCACAAUGACCUCGGAAACGGUGUCCUUGAUAAUAGGUUUCUCCACCGGUCAGAUACAACUCAUAGAUCCUAUUAAGAAGGAGUUAAGUAAAUUAUAUAAUGAAGAGAGGCUCAUAGACAAGACUCGAGUGACUUGUAUCAAAUGGGUGCCGGGUUCCAGCAACCUGUUUGUGAGCGCACAUGCCUCGGGCCAGUUGUAUGUUUACAACGAGGAACUGGUCUGUGGGGCUGCACCGCACUAUCAGCUGUUCAAGACGGGGGAUGGUUACUCCAUCCACACCUGCAGGACGAAGUCCACUAGGAACCCCUUGUACAGGUGGGUGAUAGGUGCGGAGGGUAGUUGUAUAAACGAGUUCGCGUUCUCGCCGUGCGGCGCCAACCUGGCCGUGGUGUCCCAGGACGGGUUCCUGCGAGUGUUCCACUACGACACUAUGGAGCUGAUCGGCCGAGCCCGGUCUUACUUCGGCGGCUUCCUGUGUGUGUGCUGGUCGCCGGACGGCAAGUACGUCGUGGUGGGCGGCGAGGACGACCUCGUCACCGUGUGGUCCUUCGGCGAGCGACGAGUUGUGGCGCGGGGUCAAGGUCACCGCUCCUGGGUCUCUGUCGUCGCCUUUGACCCCUACGUCGUCGGCUUCGUGGAGGCCGACCGCGACCCCGGCGGCGAGGGCGGCCAGUGCUACAGACUCGGCAGCGUCUCGCAGGACACGCAGCUCUGUCUGUGGGACCUCACCGAGGACGUGCUCCGGCCACCGCCCCGCGCCCGCGCCUCCGCACACCUGUCCCCAAACAGCCAGCACCUGUCGCCGAACGGCGUGCCCGGCACGAAGGCGCCGCGCUGUGGCAAGACCAACAAGAUCGGCCACAAGCACGUCGAGCUGAGCGGCGCCAACACGGCGGGCGAGCCGUCAGGGACGAAGGCGGCCGUCCGCGCCAAGACCAACAACACGCUGGCCUCCAACACGAGCGCGGCGCGUGGCAAGGACGAGGCAUCCGUUUCGCUGGGCGCGCACCUGUCCCAGCGAUUGGCCGGCUUCUCUUUCGGCGAGCGUCGCUCCGAGCACCGUCGGAACUUCAGCCUGGGGAAGCCGGAGCGGCCCGCGGCGCCCCGGACGCCCGCCGCGGACCCGCUGCGACUUAUCGGCUCGCCGGCGUGUCCGCGAUUCGACGAGUGUCCCGUGUUGGAGCCCCUGGUGUGCAAGAAGAUCGCCCACGAGCGACUGACGGCGCUGCUGUUCCGCGCGGAGUGCCUGGUGACGGCGUGCGCGGACGGCGGCGUCAACACGUGGGCGAGACCGCCGCGGCCCGAGCGCCGGCGGGACAGGAGCGACCUCGUGGACUAGCGACCGACCGACUCCCGUCUUUUAUAUACUGUGUAGGACUGACCGGUGAACGGUGACCAGUGUAAAGUGAGCUCCUCGUGGCAGGGAGCGGCUCGGGCUCUGUGGUCGACAUACCCGUUGAAGGAACCUUCAUGUAAUAUAAUGUACACAGCGCGCCGCUCGCGGGUCCACUUUUAGAGCAAUACGUUGAGAUUCGUCGGUCGAUGUGAUCGUAACAAAGACAUUUCCUUUCGGCUCACGUGUAUAUAUAGUACGUAGGUGAAGCGAUCAAAGAUUGCAGUCGCCGCUCCGUUCGACUUCGACCCUAUUACGUUCCGUAUUAGAGUCUAUUUCUGAAUGAGGCGGUCCGAGAGCACUGUGAGCUUUACGAUAUAUGAAAAUUAUUUAUUUGAUUUUAUUAAAUAUAAACGUAGAACCGACGCGAGGCUCGGUUCCGUCGAGCGUGUUGGUCCGCGCCACUUCGCCGGCGACAAAGACAAAGUUGUGGUUCGUGGUCUUAUGUAGUACAAUGCGUUGACAUUACUCUGUUGUUGCUAGUCCGUAUUAUUAGAAAUUCAGUAAUGAAUUGAAUGGUUCGCUGUGGUUGUGUUUGUCGCGGGCGGGGAGCGCGGGGAGGGCGGACGCUAGAUAGAUAUAAUUGAAAGCGUGUGACCAAUGUUUAUGAUCGCGACAAUUUUCAAUUAAAUAUUAUAAUAUAUGUUCAGUGACGCGGUACGAAGAGAGUGAACGAAGCCAGCGUCAGUAAUUCAGUUUGAAAGUAUUAAUUUUUUUAUAUAAAUACAUAUUGGAAUCCACCGGCACAGUACAUAAACAUUGUGUCCGAGCGGUCAGUACACGGAGUCUUCACUCGCUAUCGGAGUCGUAAAACUUUCCUACUGUGUAGAAAUAUUGAAAUCUUUUAUAUUCCGGACGAUGCUUAACGAUCUUUAUUUAUAAUUGAAAUGUUUAGAUGCAUUUAUUCCAUUCUCUUGACAUUUGUUUCGAGAUGUACAGCAGUUUUAUACGCGCCUUAUUGAUUAUCGCCGCUUCUGAAAAGUACUGAUGAAUAUUUAACGUUUAGUUUGUUUACAACGAAUGUAGAUCUAUACACACGUGUCUUAUAGAAGGAAACACCGACUUGCUGCGUCGAAACCCGACAGGAAGGGACGAGACGCUAUGUACAUGUUACUUUGUAUUAGUUCACAUUCACACAGCGUAUGUAUUUAUUUGUGUAAUUCCUUUACACGUUGCCACAUAACAGAUUUAUAAAGUGUUAAAGAUUUUCAACUGUUACUAUAAUUCUACGGGUCGGAGUGUGUUGGACCGAAUGUGAUCUGUGAGCGGACGGGAGGUGUGUCACAGCGAUUGCUAUUUAGAUAAUUUAUUAGAGCGAUCAUUGACAACUCGUCCCGGCACACGUCCCGCCGCUCCGUGAUUGAAGUCUCGGCUAGGUGAUAUUGUAUUGCAUGGCUCAGUUCGAUGUAAACUAUUAGUUCCGAUGAAAGUUACUAGAUGUCGCGUCUUCGCGGCCGAAUUAAUUUAUUGAUGAAGUUUGUUCUGAAAUAGUGAGAUGAUGACGAGCCUACCAAGUUAAUAAAUAGACGAUUCUCUUUAUAUUUAAA